UUGGAAUCAGUUGCUUAGUAUUAUCAUAAUAAUUAAUAUUGCAAAUAUUAUCUUAUAGUGCGGUUGUAUAGAUUGGUUUAUUCUUCCGUAGCUUUCUCUGAUGUUUAACAAAGUAGGUAGUUUGUAUAGAUACGGCUCUGUAAUUCUUAUCGAUUACUUUGUACACUCUAUAUAUAUUGGAGAAAUGCCAAAGGCAUAUUCACGGUGAAUUUCUCAAUUCUAACUUGGUAUCAGGCCUCUUCUUCUACAAUCGGUCUCCAUGACUACACCCACCAAACCCUCUUUUCACCCGGCUCUCGCCGUGACAUCCAUAAAAAACUUGAUUCCCAUCACUUUAGACACCGAGAAAGCCCAAUACGCCUCCUGGGCGGAACUUUUCAAGCUCACAGCUCGCGCCUAUGACGUCUUAGAUCACAUUCUUAAGCCCACCACUCCCUCCGGCGACACUUCCUCAACCACGUCUGACUCUGAAUCCGAGGCUGACCGCCUCCGUCGGGCUGCCGCAGAAGCUGCCCUUUGGUCCCGUAUUGAUGCCAUUGUUCUUCAGUGGAUCUACGGAACGAUCUCGCACGACUUGCUGCACACCAUUUUGGAACCCGGCUCCACGGCUAUGGCCGCUUGGAAUCGUCUCGAAAACAUAUUUCAUGACAACAAAAACUCCCGAGCCGUGUACCUUGAGGACCAAUUCUCUCACACACGGUUGGAGAAUUUCCCCUUCGUUUUUGCCUAUUGUCAAGAAUUGCGCACCAUUGCCACUCAGCUUGCCAAUGUUGAUGCGGAAGUCACUGACAAAAGGCUGGUGUUACGCAUGAUUCAUGGUCUCACUGAACCAUAUGCCACCGUAGCAUCCUUUAUUCAGCAAAUCGACCCCCUACCCCCUUUUGAAAAAGCUCGAUCGAUGCUUAUCUUGGAGGAAACACGUCAAUCUCACCAUGCAUCCUCCAUGUCAUCCUCUCCCUCGGCUUCUGCUCUUGCUGCCACGUCCUCCUCGCGUCCAGUCUCACAUCCCCAGGCGUCGUCUAUCUCUCGGGGUCGAGGAGGUGGACGUCACAGUUCCAACAGGGGCAAAGGGCGCGGACGAAAUUCUGGAGGCCGGACUAGUGACGCUACAGUUGCUCCUUCCCAGUGGCCUUUUCCCCCUUGGGCCCCUUGGAUGCAACCCUACUGAUCAAUGCCGCCGUGUCCAUACCCCACCGCUCCCAGUACGUCCAACGUGUCUCGCUCACCAGCUGCAGGCAUACUUGGUCCUCGCCCACACGCUCUCACGGUUGGCACUCCCAACUACGCUCCAACAACUUCUUCUCCCAGUUUCUCGGCCACAGACAUGCACACUGCCAUGCAAAAUAUGAGCCUCACUCCACCUGACGACAAUUGGUAUAUGGAUACCGGGGCAACCUCUCAUAUGACCUCCGACGCAGGAUCUUCGUACAAGGACCCCAAUCAUGAGGUGUAAUAGCCAAGGUGAUUUGUAUCCGGUGUGUGACCCUCCUCGUCGUGCCUCUCCCACCCACCACAAUUUCGCUGGUCUCUCCUCUGCAUUAUGGCAUGACCGGCUUGGCCAUCCCGGCAUCCCUAUUUUUCGUAGUCUUAGCACAAAUAAAUUCAUUGAUUGUAAUAAAUCAUAUAAUGAUAUUUGUUCAUCUUGUCAAAUGGGGAAACACAAUAAAUUACCAUUUUCCCCAUCUUUUUCUUACACUCAUGCUCCAUUUGAUAUUAUACACAGUG